AUGUCGGAGCGAGCUCCUCGUGGCACCCGCCCCAGUCUCCGCCGCAGUGCCGUCUCGCACUCGUUCAUCCAUGAUCACCAGCAGUACAAGCCUGCGGCGGCCUCCCCGCCUUCCUACCAGCCAGAGCUUGGCGCCUCCAUCUCGGGUACCCUGGAGGAUCCCAAGGUCAAGGAGAGCGGCAUCGUUCACUCGCUCUUCGGUGAUGCUCUGGCUGCGCUGCCAGCAGACACACCCAAGCUAGUCGCAACCAUCUUCUAUGUCGGCGACCAGGGCAAGAAUGGCGGCAGGAGCAAUAAUAGCAACAGCAACAGCAACAGCAACAAGAACUCUUCGGCUGACCUGCCUACAGCAGAAGAUCCCCUUGAGCCAGCUGCUCCAUCCUUGCCUCUAGAUGCGCUGUAUGGCUGUCAUGUCUCCCAGCUGUGUCUGACGAGCUUCAUACAGAUGAUCGAAAGUCUCUCGCAUCCGUACAGGCGCAUGUCCAGCUCGCACAAAUGUCUUGACAGGCAGGAUAACCCUCGCGUUGUUGAGGUCACCAUCACCCCGCCGCCCAGUGGUGAAUACCUCUCCUUUGACGAGCUGCGCAAACAUGAGAGCAUCUGGAGGUUUGAGCGGACCUGGAACGUGGAGGUUGUGCUGCAGAUGGAGAAUGUCUGGCGGCGUUACAAGCGCCUUGCCGUAUUUGAUAUGGACAGUACCCUCAUCCAACAAGAGGUCAUCGACGAGAUUGCCAGAGUCACUGGAGUAGAAAAGGAGGUCUCCGAGAUAACCGAGCGUGCUAUGAACGGCGAGCUAGACUUUGAGGCUUCUCUUAAAGCUAGGGUAGCUCUUCUCAAAGGAACAUCUGCAGAUGUAUUUGACAAGCUCAAGUCCGUCAUUACCAUCUCUCCAGGUGCCCGAGAGCUCUGCACCGCGCUCAGGAAACUUGGGUACAAGACUGCAGUUCUCAGCGGUGGAUUCCAGCCACUCGCUGACUUUCUCGCCGAUCAACUGGGCCUGGACUACGCAGUUGCAAACCACGUACAUCUCACCUUGUUUGUUGUGCUCUGUGCCAUUUUGCCUCUUUGCUAUCCGGUAGACGCUAAGCAAAAACGCUCGCUACUCCGAGCUCUUGCACUUAAAAAUGGCAUAGAUAUGCCUCAGACUCUCGCGGUAGGUGACGGUGCUAACGAUCUUCUGAUGCUAAAGGAGGCGGGGUUGGGAGUUGCCUGGUGCGCAAAAAGCAUGGUGCAGUUGGAAGCACCAACGAAGCUGAAUGGAGAGUCUCUCACUGAUAUCUUGUACCUUCUCGGGUUGAGCGAGCAGGAGGCCCAGUCGUUGAUAGCGAGUCCGUCUGUCGACGAGUCGUCGAUGAAGGAGCUGACCAUAACGGAGCGGUCAUCGUAG